AUGGCACAGGUCGAUGGUUUGCAAAUUAUGAAACGGAAAAGACGCGGCGUAACAAACAAAAGAAGUGAUCUCGCAACUAUUUCGAAGGACUUUGAUAUUAUUUUACUGUGCGAAACAUUUCUAAAGCCUGAUAAAUCAUUCUCCAUAAAUAGAGAUUUUAACAUCAUUAGAUCUGACAGGGUUGCCAACAGCCGCGGUGGUUUGGCAAUUGCAAUUAGAAGGGUUUCUGUUUACAGGGUCCCCUCUGUCGGCGGAAGAAUCUCAGAAAAUACCUGGAAAAAACUUUUAGAAUCAGUGAACGAUGUCAAUCCGAAUAACGUUCUUAUUAGCGGGGAUUUUAAUUCACAUCACAGUCUAUGGGGUAGUACCCGGGUUUGUCAAAAUGGCGAAGCACUUUGUACAGCCCUUGAUGAUUUAGACUUUAUUUCUUUAAAUAAUGGGAAGUCAACUUAUGUUAAUCGUCCAAAUGAAUCUCCCUUGAUUCUGGACCUUACUUUUAUAAGCCCUCAACUUUUUACCUUUUGUGCACAUGAUAAUCUUUUCAACAUCAUCUCUUGGGUACUUUGGACGGACUCUCUAGGAAGUGAUCACUUCCGAGUGGUACCCCGUCUUGGUAUCUCUACCCCAAUAGCUUGUAUGGAUGAAGCAGUUACUGCGGGUUGUCCUCCCUCAAGACCUCCCAAAAACGUAACUCACUCUAAAGCUGAAAAAAACAAAUAUAUCCCUGCUCCAUGGUGGGAUGCGGAAUGUGAUCCUGCAAUUGAGGAAAGAAAGUCAGCAUUGGCGGCCUGCAGGAGGCGCAGAAUUGAAGUUAAUUACACUCAUCUAAAUAAAAUAGAAGCUAAAACUAGACGCAUCUUGUUCAGACAGACGAUUCAAAAACUCCAUUCACUGGCUGAAGAGAUGCUUCCACCAACGGUCUUCUUUGACUCCUUCCCUGACAACUUUCAGAAGAACGAGUUCCUAGAAACCCCGUUCACGGAAUCUGAAAUUUUUACAGCCUUAACUUCACCGGAUAUACAAAGCUUUUAUAAAGCAAGUAUAGCGCCUACGAAGAAAAAUAAGCCGACAGUUCGAGAGUUCGAGUUCGCACCAUCCCUAGCGGAAGAAUCGCACGAAUAUUACCGUCAUGCGUGCGACUCUCAUGCGUGCGAGCGAUAUGUAUCGCAAUUGAGGACACAUCUGUCUACUCGUGUGAUGGCGCGGCGUGCAAAAACGGAAAAGGAAGCCGACAAAUAUCCCAAGCGAUGA